CUCAUACACUUCCUCGGCUUGACUGUAGCGACCACCCUAUUCAUGGCCCUAUUUUUGGGUAAUUGCGCUUAAAAUGAAUGAGAAAAAACAAAAUAUAUCCAGAAAUACGUUUCUGUAUCCCUCCUUGAAAGAUUUACGGCAGAGAAGAUGGGUAACUUUGAGUUUUUGGAUUGUUAUUAUCUUAGGUAUUCCUGUAUGGCUAAAGUUAGCAUACCCUGCUAGAUAUACUCUGCCGCUAGAAGCAAUGAGUAAUAUCAUCCAAGAUACACUGUCCAAUUUAAAAAUGACUUCCAAUGUUAAACUUCUACAUGUGCCAGAUCAAGCUAUGGUUGUAGAAAAGAUACAGUCUAUAUGGAACGAGGAACCAAUGUCUUCUAUCUAUAGCGUUCGCAUUGUAAAUGAAAGUGUCGAUGCAGACUAUUUCGUCGACCUCGCGAAUGAAACAUCAGCUACACAUUGGGAAGGAAGAACGUUGCGUUUACAUUGGAAGAAAAACGAUGACACUUUGGAAGCGGCAAACGAGGUGGUUAACAAACUUUGGGAUAUUUUUGGAUCAGAAAUGCAAGAAUACGAUUAUCGCCUUUCCGUUUUAAAGCAUGAGCUUUCACCUAACUUACCCAUGCUUAACGAAGACAAGCGUGUCGUGCCGUACAGUCCAAGAUACCACAUUUUAUUAAGUUUGCUUGUUGGCGAACAAUAUGAUCACCUCAUUACUUGGCCUUUAAAAGAAGCGUUUCAGAAACACUUUGCACCCGUUUUACAACAGUUAUCGCCUGUUGCCAAGUUUCACGUCGAAUCCCAAAUUCAAUUCAGUGUUGACGAUGCCCCAGUGCGUAUUGAGCCCGACGGAACAAAACGCAUUGCCUUUGAUGACCUCCCCAGAAUUGUUAACAACUUUGGAAAAUUUCUUCCCCCAUCUACUAAUGCCGACGAGCCUACCAUUCAUUUCGCUAUCUACAUUCCAAGUUUUCCGCUCCAGCCUUUGCAACUUGAAGACCAAACGCGACAACCCAUCCCAUCAAACUCGAUGCUUUUACCACAGUGGGGUUCCAUAUACACUGUCAAUAUCGCGAAUUCCUCCGUCUCGGCAUUAGAGCCCGAACAGCUCGAGCUAUCUUUCCACAUCUUUGCCCGUGACCUUCUGUUGUUGUUAGGUGCAAGCCAUGUCCAAAGCUGGAAGCUCAAUGCCUUCCUUCUUGAUCGUCUAAUGCGUCAGCGGAUCGUGGAAAGCAGUAUGAAAACGGCUGAAUCAUUGUCCGGACUAGCUCGUCUCAUUCGUUUCAUCCCCAAUAUGGCCAUUCCUAAAGAGGUUCAAGCUCUCGCUUUGAAAACAAUCCAGUUGCUUGAGAAAAGCCGUGAAGCUCUGCACUAUAACAAUCUGAAACUUGUUUUGAAGUACACAAAUGAUGCCUUUUCCACCUCUCAGAAGACCCUUUUUCAUCCGAGCAUGGUGACCAUGAUGUACUUUCCCGAUGAAUACAAAUUUGGUGUGUAUGCACCUUUCUUUGGGCCUUUGCUCCUACCGAUGAUUGUUUCACUUCUGCGUGAUAUCCGAUACUAUCUUAAAAUUCGAUUCAAAAAACAGACUCACAGCACAGACGAAAGCCGGUGAUUCGUCUAAACGCUAUUGUCAAAUUCAUAAUUAUUAUCAUUAAACGUUUUCUAAAGAUACAAAGGAACAUGCAAGCACUUUGUAUAAAAUCCAGGUUGUUAUUAAUAAAAGGAUGGCCAAAGAAAAAAGGAAAUUAAGCAUAUGAUCGCUGAAAAAGGAAUUGGUUUAAUUGCUGUUGACUAUUUUUUGCCAUUUCAACAGCCGUAUGUCGGAGAAAACCUAUGGAUUCGUUUGUCAUGCAAUGGUAAUUAAACAAGAAAGCCGACCAAACAGUUUCGUAACAAGGCUUCUUCAUUCACCCAAGCGUGCGUUUCCACUGUUUAUGUUAGCGAAUGCUAAAAAGGAAUGGCGCAUGGUUAUCCAAGAGACAAAUCAUGCUUCACUUUUUUGAGGGGUUUGGCAAGUAAAGUAAUUCUCACGAAUCGCAAGACCCUAGGGUUACUUACUGAAUUUGUUUGUGGCAUCCUGACCCGCAUAGUCAAUCAGGUCGCCCACGCCUCCGGGAUGGAAUUGCAGGUACGGUGUGAUGUUGUAUACUUUGCCUUUAAUGCACAUCCAACAAUCAUCUGGCUUGUUGUGUUUUGCAAGCUCUUCUUUCGAAACUUUAAUAAUCGUCGGAACGCCCUAGUAAUGUUAAACUCUCUGUUCUUAAGAAUAAUAGUAUGCAGGAGAAAAAUUUGGUAAACAACUGAAUUGUCAUAGAAAUUGUCACAUUCGUCAAUGAAUGAAACCACUCUCAUGCAUGUUUGUAGAAUAACAUACCGACAAAUUCUGCUUACUCGCAACCAAACGAGCCCAGUCCAAUGGAGAAUGGCCUGCAGCAAGA